AUUACGCAAAAUGAUCACAGCAUACUACUACUACUACUAAUUUAUUCUUCACUGCAUCUGUUUCUCUCUCUUCAUCACUCCUCAAUUUCCCCUCUUUCCAUUCGCUCAGACCACUCUCCAUCACUCUCUGUAAUCCUCUCUAUCUCCUGAUUUGAGGUUGUGACUUGUUGGAUUGAGCCUCAUCUUGCUUUUGUUAGGGUUUCGAUUUGGGGAUUUUGUUGCAUCAUCUUCAUACAAUACUUAUCACUUCAAUUUUCUUGUAUAAUAGUAAUCUGAAUUUCUACUAGGCUGCUUGUUUCCUGUUCAUAUGUCUUCAUGUUGCUGCUACUCUUGCUUUUUAUCAUCGUUGCGUUGCAAUAUUUUCAUCACUGCAGUUUGUUUCCUUCUAAUAAAUUGGCUGGUUAAAUUUUACUACUAUUAACUUAAUAGUACUCCAUAUGAUAUGCUGCUAUCAGAUAGUUUAACCAAGUUUUUUGGUUCGUGAAAGAUGGGUAGCAUUAGCCACAACCAACUCACGGUCUCCAUAUGCUUCAAAAUUAUACUUUAUGUGCUCGUCUUCAUCGUAUCUCAAGUCGACGGUCAAAACACUCCCCACCAACUAAAUAUCACGUUCGUAGCAGAUGCCAUAACAAAAGGGGCCGGUAAAAUCUGCUUGGAUGGAACCCCUGGAGGCUACUAUUUUUCCAAGGGAUUCGGAGAUGGAAUCAAUAGUUGGAUGGUUUUUCUACCGGGAGGAGCAUGGUGUGCUACAAAAGAAGAAUGCCUCAAUAGAAGCAGCACAGGAUUAGGGUCCAACAAAGAUCAUCCUCCUCUACGUAUAUCUUUGGGUACUUUCCAAAGUCAUAACAAAACAAUAAAUCCAGAUUUUUAUAACUGGAAUUUUGUUGCGAUCCAGUACUGUGACGGUGCAUCAUUUAUGGCAGAUGUUGAAGCCGUCAAUCCGGAAACAAAUCUCCAUCUAAGAGGUCGGAGAAUCUUCACCUCUGUAAUUGAAGAGCUCAUGAGUACUCAAGGAAUGAGUAAUGCUGAAAAUGCUUUACUCAUAGGAAACUCGGCAGGUGGGUUGGCGACGAUCCUAAAUUGUGAUCGUUUCCAUUCUUUCCUACCCGGUGCCUGUCGUGUAAAAUGCAUUUCAGAUUCUGGCUUCUUUAUUCGAGCGGAACAUCUCCGUGGAGCUCAGGACAGUGCCACAGACUACUUUGGCAAAGUAGUUUUAUUUCAUGAAUUAGUACAAUUUUUACCGGAGUCAUGCACACAAAGAUUUGCUCCAGAAUUGUGUUUUUUCCCGGAAAAUGUGGUCAAUGAUAUCCGGACGCCAUUGUUUUUGCUAAACUCGGAUUUUGACAAAUAUCAAAUAUCGGAACUCGUAGUACCUAACAGAGUGGAUUGGAAUAAUUGCACUGCAGAAUUUAGCAAGCUUUCAAGUUGCACAGAAAAUCAACAACAUAUCAUAAUGGAUUUUCAGACCACGUUUCUAGAAACAUUGGAGAAACUAGAUGAUAAUCCAUCAAGAGGAUUAUUCAUCACAUCGUGCUAUAUCCAUGAUUUUAUUUACAAACCAUCCAAUUGGCAAAGAAUACCGACUUUGCAAAAUAAGACAAUUCAACAAGCCUUGGGUGAUUGGUAUUUCGAAAGAAGCAGUGUUUGCCUUAUAGACACUCAAAAUUUACAUCCAAUUAACUGCCCGAAAUAGUAUAAAUCCAUUAAGUUUAUCUAUUUUUUUCAUUGUAAGUAUAUUUAAAUUAAUGUUUAAGAAAAAUGUUAUCUAUCAAGUUAAUAUGGGUGUCAUUCAACUCAUUUUAUCAAUAUCAGUAUUAUUUUAGCA